AUGACUGUUACACAUAAUUCACCUGUUACUAGUACUAUACCAAAGAAAAACAUUACUACAAUCAACGUUCAGACCACUAGUACUAUACCAAAGAAAAACAUUACUACAAUCAACGUUCAGACCACCAGCAUUGCCACUGAUCUAAAACAUACUGCAGAAAUCUCCCCUGUAACGAGUACGAAACCUGAGGAAGAUAUUACUACAGUCAACAUUUGGACCAGUAGCAUCGCCACUGAUCAGGAACAUACUACAGAAUUCUCUCUUGAUACUAGUACCAUACCUAAGGAAAAUAUUACUACAAUCAAUGUUCAGACUGCCAGCAUCACCAGUGAUCAAGAACAUACUACAGAAUUCUCCCUUGAUACUAGUACUAUAUCAGAGGAAAACAUUACUACAGAAUACAUUCCGACUGCCAGCAUCAGCACUGAUCAAGAACAUACUACAGAAUUCUCCCUUGACACUAGUACUACAUCAGAGGAAACCAUUACUACAGAAUACAUUCCAACUGCCAGCAUCAGCACUGAUAAAGAACACACUACAGAAUUCUCCCUUGACACUAGUACCACAUCAGAGGAAACUAUUACUACAGAAUACAUUCCAACUGCCAGCAUCAGCACUGAUCAAGAACAUACUACAGAAUUCUCCCUUGACACUAGUACUACAUCAGAGGAAAACAUUACUACAGAAUACAUUCCAACUGCCAGCAUCAGCACUGAUCAAGAACACACUACAGAAUUCUCCCUUUACACUAGUACUACAUCAGAGGAAAACAUUACUACUGAAUAUAUUCCGACUGCCAGCAUCAGCACUGAUCAAGAACACACUACAGAAUUCUCCCUUGACACUAGUACUACAUCAGAGGAAACCAUUACUACAGAAUACAUUCCGACUGCCAGUAUCGGCACCGAUCAAGAACACACUACAGAAUUCUCCCUUGAUACUAGUACUAUAUCAGAGGAAACCAUUACUACAGAACACAUUCCAACUGCCAGCAUUGCUACUGAUCAAGAACAUACUACAGAAUUCUCCCUUGACACUAGUACUACAUCAGAGGAAACUAUUACUACAGAAUACAUUCCAACGGCCAGCAUUGGCACUGAUCAUGAACAUACUACAGAAUUCUCCCUUGACACUAGUACUACAUCAGAGGAAAACAUUACUACAGAAUACAUUCCGACUGCCAGCAUCGGCACUGAUCAAGAACACACUACAGAAUUCUCCCUUGACACUAGUACUAAAUCAGAGGAAAACAUUACUACAGAAUACAUUCCGACUGCCAGCAUAGGCACUGAUCAAGAACACACUACAGAAUUCUCCCUUGAUACUAGUACUAUAUCAGAGGAAACCAUUACUACAGAACACAUUCCAACUGCCAGCAUUGCUACUGAUCAAGAACAUACUACAGAAUUCUCCCUUGACACUAGUACUACAUCAGAGGAAACUAUUACUACAGAAUACAUUCCAACGGCCAGCAUUGGCACUGAUCAAGAACAUACUACAGAAUUCUCCCUUGACACUAGUACUACAUCAGAGGAAAACAUUACUACAGAAUACAUUCCGACUGCCAGCAUCGGCACUGAUCAAGAACACACUACAGAAUUCUCCCUUGACUACUAUACUACAUCAGAGGAAAACAUUACUAUAGAAUACAUUCCAACUGCCAGCAUCAAUACUGAUCAAAAACACACUACAGAAUUCUCCCUUGAUACUAGUACUACAUCAGAGGAAAACAUUACAACAGAAUACAUUCCAACUGCCAGCAUCGCUACUGAUCAAGAACAUACUACAGAAUUCUCCCUUGAGACUAGUACUACAUCAGAGGAAAACAUUACUACAAAAUACAUUCCAACUGCCAGCAUCAAUACUGAUCAAGAACACACUACCGAAUUCUCCCUUGAUACUAAUACUACAUCAGAGGAAACUAUUACUACAGAAUACAUUCCAACUGCCAGCAUUGCUACUGAUCAAGAACAUACUACAGAAUUCUCCCUUGACACUAGUACUACAUCAGAGGAAAACAUUACUACAGAAUACAUUCCAACUGCCAGCAUCAGCACUGAUCAAGAACAUACUACAGAAUUCUCCCUUGACACUAGUACUACAUCAGAGGAAAACAUUACUACAGAAUACAUUCCAACUGCCAGCAUCAAUACUGAUCAAGAACACGCUACAGAAUUCUCCCUUGAUACUAGUACUAUACAAGAGGAAAACAUUACUACAGAAUACAUUCCAACUGCCAGCAUCGCUACUGAUCAAGAACAUACUACAGAAUUCUCCCUUGAUACUAGUACUAUACAAGAGGAAAACACUACAACAGAAUAUAUUCCGACUGGCAGCAUCGAUACUGAUCAAGAACACACUACAGAAUUCUCCUUUGUUACUAGUACCAUACAAGAGGAAAACAUUACCACUGAAAACAUUCAGACCACCAGCAUCGCUACUGAUCAAGAACAUACUACAGAAUUCUCCCUUGAUACUAGUACUAUACAUGAGGAAAACAUUACUACUGAAAACAUUCAGACCACCAGCAUCAGCACUGAUCAAGAACAUACUACAGAAUUCUCCUUUGACACUAGUACUACAUCAGAGGAAAACAUUACUACAGAAUACAUUCCGACUGCCAGAAUCAAUACUGAUCAAAAACAUACUACAGAAUUCUUCCUUGAUACUAGUACCAUACAGGAGGAAAACAUUACUACACAAUACAGUCCAACUCCCAGCAUCAAUUCUAAUCAAGAACAUAGUACAUUAUUUGUCCUUGAUACUAGUACCAUACAAGAGGAAAACAUUACUGCAGCCAAUGCUCAGACCGCCAGCAUUACCACUGAUCAUGAACAUACUACAGAAUUCCACCUUGACACUAGUACCAUACCAGAGGAAAAUAUUACUACCGUCAAUGGUCAGACUGCCAGCAUUACCCCUGAUCAAGAACAUACUACAGAAAUCUCCAUUGAUACUAGCACGAUACUAGAGGAAAACAUUACUACUGAAAACAUUCCGAUCACCAGCAUCACCACUCAUCAAGAACAUACUACAGAAUUCUCCCUUAAUACUAGUACCCCAUCAGAGGAAAAUUUUACUACAGUCAAUGUUCAGACCGCCAGCAUCACCAUUGAUCAAGAACAUACUACAGAAUUGUCCCUUGACACUAGUACCAUACCGGAAAUUAUUACUACAGUCAAUGCUCAGACCACCAGCAUCACCACUGAUCAAGAACAUACUACAGAAUUCUCCCUUGACACUAGUACCACAUCGAAGGAAAAUAUUACUACAGUCAAUUAUCAAACUGCCAAUAUCCUCACUGAUAAAGAACAUACUACAGACGUCUCCCUUGUCACUAGUACCAUACCACAUACCAUUACUACAGUGAACAUUCAUAGCACCGGGAUUGUCACUAGGGACUUCUCUUCUAGUAUACCAGUAGAUAUUACAGGUACUGAUCCAAGUAGUACUAACACUAAAGAUCAUACUACAGACUGGAGUGCAACUAGCAACUCACCAGAGCAUUAUGCUAUUACAAAAAAAAUCACAGUGGCAACUACAAUACCAACUGCCAAUGCUGAUAUUACAUCUACAAGUGCUUCCAUUGAGGAACCAACAACUACCAACCAGAUAACCCAUGAAGCAUCAACUAAUCAGACAAUAAGUAUGUCACCAAUCCACAUUAUGACAACUACCACUGACAAGACAGCAGCUGCUUUGCUGCCAACAACUGAAAUUACAACUACAACUACUACAGAAACAUCAACAACUACCACCCAGACAACAACCCAUGAGGCACCAACUACUCAGACAAGUACACCAACAACCCCAAGUACGACAACUACCCCUGAAACAACUACUCCUUACAUUACAACUACAAGCACUACAACUACUACAGAGACACCAACAAGUACUACUCAGACAACAACCCAUGAGGCACCAACUACUCAGACAAGUACACCAACAACCCCCAGUACGACAACUACCCCUGAAACAACAUCAGAGGCCAGUACUAGCACUACAACCGUCUUCAAAACAACAACUGUGGUGCUACCAACAACUACUCCCUACAUUACAACUACAAGCACUACAACUACUACAGAGACACCAACAAGUACUACUCAGACAACAACCCAUGAGGCAACAAGUACACCAACAACCCCCAGUACGACAACUACCCCUGAAACAACAUCAGGGGCCAGUACUAGUACUACAACCGUCUUCAAAACAACAACUGCGGUGCUACCAACAACUACUCCUUACAUUACAACUACAAGCACUAGAACUACUACAGAGACACCAACAAGUACUACUCAGACAACAACCCAUGAGGCAACAAGUACACCAACAACCCCCAGUACGACAACUACCCCUGAAACAACAUCAGGGGCCAGUACUAGUACUACAACCGUCUUCAAAACAACAACUGCGGUGCUACCAACAACUACUCCUUACAUUACAACUACAACUACUACAGAGACACCAACAAGUACUACUCAGACGACAACCCAUGAGGCACCAACUACUCAGACAAGUACACCAACAACCCCCAGUACGACAACUACCCCUGAAACAACAUCAGGGGCCAGUACUAGUACUACAACCGUCUUCAAAACAACAACUACGGUGCUACCAACAACCUACUCCUUACAUUACAACUACAAGCACUACAACUACUACAGAGACACCAACAAGUACUACUCAGACGACAACCCAUGA